CACUAUCCGACUGCGUUCCUAGCUAGUCUUGCACCUGCUGCUGCGCUUCCCUCUUCGAUGGUCCGUAGGCAUUUUGGCCCAGGCACGCUAGUUCUGGCCAGCUGGCAGGGCUUACCUAGGCUGUCGACCGCUCGCGUCACCUGUGUUGGGCGUCAGUUCCAGCGGCUUGCAAUGUCACAGGCCAAGGAUGCCCAUCUCGAGGUCGCCGUCCGCAAGAUCAGCGGCCAGAGUCUGGGAACAUACAAGGUGCCAGUGGGUCAGCCAGUGCUGAUGCUGAAGCACGCCAUCGAUGAGGCGGGGGGUCCUCCAGCGUGCGACCAGCAACUGAUUGCUGGGCACAGGGUGCUGGGGGACGUCGAGGUGCUCGGGCAGGCACUCGCCGACUUCCAGGGCGCUCUGCUCCUGGUCACGGUGGAGGGCUGCCCGACGUGCAAGGGCCCGUGCGCUUGCACCCUCUGCGGCUGCAAGCCCCAGAGCGGGCUGAUCCCCGAGGAGAGAAGGCCUCUGCAGGAGUGCGACAGGUGCGGGGGGCACGCCUCGCACUGCCCCUUCUGCAUGCUGCGCUUCCCGAGCCUCUGCGCGCUGGACACGCACGUGCGCUUCGGGCACGCCGACCGGGAGCUGGAGUGGCAGGGCUCGCGGCUCGACGCCCACCUCGAGCGGCGCCGCCAGCCCGGGGCGCGCUGCGCCGCAAUGCCCGAGCAAGGCACCUUCAUGGAGGCUUGCCGAGGAGGGGUGAUCCCCGAGGCGUGA